AUGUCUCAACUAGAUGCACAAACUGUUGAUGUUGAUGCUCCCCAAACCAUUGAUGUUGAUCUUGAUGUGGAUGAAGGAGAUGAUGAAGUAGUUGCAGAUAAUAAGGGUGGUGGUCAUAGAGUAUCUUGGGUAUGGAAACAUUUUGAUAGAGAUGCCGUAAAGAAGGGUGCUAAGAAAGUGAAAUGCCCAUAUUGUUCAACAAUGAUGUGUGCAAAUUCAAAGAAAAACGGUACAAGUGCAAUGGGAAAUCAUUUAAGACUCUAUUGUCCAACAUCUCCUAUUUAUGACCCUAAAGGAAAAGUUGGUGAUACGAAAAAACAAUCUGUGUUGAGUUUCAAAAAAGUAGGAGACUCGGGGGCUACUUCUUUGGAAGUUCACUCCUUCAGCCAAGAGAAAUGUAGGAUUGCUACUUCUUUGGGGACUCCCGAUGCCGACGAUUGGGAGGUUGCUAGGUAUUUUAUCGACUAUUUGAGGAUCUUUUACAAUGUCACAAAAAAGAUAUCCGGGUCCAAGUAUGUGACAACAAAUAUAUUUUUUAAGGAACUUGUGACAAUGCAAGCAAGCAUAACUAGAAUGUGUGCAAGCACAGACGAGAAAAAGAAAAAGAUGGCAAAGUCGAUGAAAGAAAAAUACGACAAAUAUUGGGACAACAUUGAGAACAUGAACUUUAUGCUUCACAUUGUUGUCGUUUUAGAUCCCCGCAACAAGAUGUGUUAUUUGGAGUAUUUCUUGGAGUUGAUUUAUGGUAAGAAUUCUACCAAAACAAAAACAAUUUUGGAGCAUGUCAACAAAACACUAGAGGACUUGUUUCAACACUUCAAGAACAAGACGGAGAGAGAAAGAUGUGAAAAGACAAGGAGUGCAUCGUCUUCUACACCUAGUUAUUUUGAUUUUGGGCAUGGAGUUGAUAUGGAAGACAAUUUUGAAAGGUUUAUGGAACAACGUGGACAUGAGGUUAAUAAAACAGAGCUUGAGAUUUAUUUAUCAGAUGGGAUGGAAAAACGGGCGGAGGAUUUCCAGAUUUUGGGGUGGGGGAAAUCCAAUUCAACAAAGUUUCGUGUACUUUCUGAAGUGGUGAAACUUGUUUUAGGAAUGCCAAUCUCCACAGUUGCAUCAGAGUCGGCAUUCAGUACUGGUGGGAGGGUGAUUGAUGAAAGUAGAAGCUCCCUUACACAUGUGAUUGCCGAAGCUCUGAUUUGUGCACAAGAUUGGAUACGGGACACCCCAAUUGAUAUCCAGUUUAAAAAUAUGACGACUUUAUAUAUGGAAGAGACGCGAGAGAAGUUGGUGCCAAUAGAAACCGAGGAAUUGGGGUGUGGUCAAGGGAGUUGCAUGGAUGAGGAUUUUACUUGA